UACAUAGUACAGGUGAACCACCUAUUUUAAUUAAAUGAUCUUUCAUUUUGAUCUCAGGAACCUAGUGUACUGUAGUACACUGUACAGUACACGUGUAUGGCUGAAGGCAGUGAAGCACUGGGCCAUCAUGCAAGGCUACUUACAAAGACGGAAGAGGAACACUUGAAAAGAGACAGCCAAACUAUUACAGACUUCAAACGUAACAAACUCGAACAGGAAGCAAAGAAAAACUGGGAUUUAUUUUAUAAGCGAAAUGCGACGAAUUUCUUCAAAGAUCGUCACUGGAUAACGAGAGAGUUUCCAGAACUUGUACAGCAGUCAUGUGAUCAGUCAUGUGAUGGGUCUUCGAGGAAAUGUGUCCUGCUUGAGACUGGGUGUGGUGUGGGGAAUACUGUGUUCCCCCUAUUGGAGGAGAACCCUCACUUGUUUGUGUAUGCCUGUGACUUCUCCCCGAGAGCUAUUGAGUUUGUUAAGGCACACCAUGGUUACAAUGGAGACAGCUGCACAGCAUUCGUGUGUGAUCUAACCAAGGACAGUCUAGAGGAGACUGUUCCUAGAGACAGUGUGGAUGUGGUCAGCAUGUUCUUUGUGCUCUCGGCAAUCUCACCAGAGAAGAUGACAACGGUGCUGCAGAAUAUACUAGCAGUGAUGAAGCCUGGAGGGUGCCUAUUGUUCCGCGACUAUGGCCUCUACGAUCAUGCCAUGCUCAGAUUUGCCAGAGGGCAUAAGAUUUCCGAUAACUUCUACGUCCGUCAAGACGGGACUAGGGCUUACUAUUUCUCUGAAGAAAUGCUCUCUGCUGUGAUGACAGAGGCUGGCUUCAUUAUUCAAGAGAGACGAUAUGUACAGAAAGAAACAGUGAACUUUAAGGAGGACAUUUGUGUACCACGAAUAUUCCUUCAGGGUAGAUUUGUCAAACCAAUUAUUUGUGAUGCAGAAAGUUGACGAUACAAUUAUUAUCAUGUCUAAUUAUUGUG